UCAUCUCUGAGGCUUUAUGAGGUCACAGAAGGGAGAAGGUAUUGAUCUACACACUGCAUGUGACCAUUACAAUGAACUGGAGUCCACUCUGCUUAUAUCACUGCAGGCCAGUGUACCAAUGGACCUUAACUGUCCAUGCAAGCAACAGUUCUUCCUCCCGCUUACAUUAAAACGAAUAUUGAGAAUCAACUAAAUCCGUUAGAGACCUGGGGUUUGUAGUUGACGCUGAUGAUCAGACCAAGGCGCACACUGGUUUCCUCAGUCCACCUAUCGCCCCGCAAGACUACUCUGCAGGCUAUCGCUGAAGCAGCGUCCAGCUUCAGUUUCUGCCGUGCGUCCCUGGAGCACACAGUGUCUGUAGAGGAGCUCAGCUACCAGCUGCCUCGUCGGCCAGGGGCCAGUCUGACCUGGCACGAUGGGAGGGGGCAGAAGAACACACACACCGUCAAACUACUGCAGCAGCCUGGCACAGAGGGCAUACAGCUGCGUCCAGGCGAAGCCUUCACUGUGUACCACACCAGUCCUACUCUGUCCAGUCUGUCCAAACCAGUGGUUCUGUGGACCCAACAGGAUGUCUGCAAGUGGCUGAAGAAACACUGUCCCCACAACUACCUGACCUACGUAGAAGCCUUCUCCCACCAUGCUAUCACAGGUCGCGCAUUGCUGAGGUUGAACGGGGAGAAGUUGGAGAGGAUGGGCAUUGUCCAAGAAACAUUGAGACAGGAGGUUCUACAGCAGGUCCUUCAGCUACAAGUCAGAGAGGAGGUCCGCAACCUGCAGUUGCUCAGCAGAGCCUCCUUUGGAAACAUCUCUUAGCUCAUCCCUCCGUCCGUUUGGCAGCCCUCACUCUCCUCUGCUAUUUCCAGUAGCCAUGGAAGGACCUGCUCACUCCAGAUAUGUGAACGCAGAAUAGGGCUGUGAGAGGAGGGAAGAAAGGAGGGGAGAGAGGACAGAAAAGAAGAGAGAAGAGGAGCCUUUAGACUACAUGCCAAACACACUGAAGGAGGUUUCCCAUUCAACAAGGCCAAACUGGUUUAAAUGAUGAGAGAGAGAGAGAGAGAGAGAGAGGGAGGGAGGAGAGAGAGAGAGAGAGAGAGAGAGAGAGAGAGAGAGAGAGAGAGAGAGAGAGAGAGAGAGAGAGAGAGAGAGAGGUGCUGAAUACAAGAGCACACACUGUAACAUAGAUAUAAGAUGUUUGAAAGGAUAUUGACAAUGUAGACAAAUUAGAUCUUAACUACAACAGAUUCCCCCCUUUUUGGUUUAUUGUUUUGUUUUGGGGUGUAGAGAGGAGUAUUGUUACUGAUCAAUUACUGUAGUUCAUUAUGGUGGGUGCAUUACUCCAAGGUUGGUGGAAAGCAAAUGCAGCAAACUACUGAAUGUCAAUGUCUCUGUAUCAUACUCACAUCACAACCUGACUGUUCACAAUGUUUCUUUUCCUCUCAGGAUUUUCAUUUUGGAAUGUAUUUAUAGUUUUGAUAGAUCUAAUUCAUACAGUAUAAAGUAUAUAUACUCUUGCCUUCAUUAGCACCGUCUCCCCAUAGCACAUUCUCUUCCUUGAAUCUCUUUUAUAAAGUCUUGUCUUCACAAUGUACAGAAUGUCACCCCCCAAAUCAUGUCUUUGUACUGUAAAUGAACCAUGUCUAUGACAAACAUAUACAGUACGAGUCAAAAGUUGGGACACACCGACUCAUUCAAGGGUUUUUCUUUAUUUUUACUAUUUUUACAUUGUAGA